UUCUGUUCCUAUGGUUUCAACCCUAUUUCUAUACAAAGUUAACCUGAUUUUAACGUGGUUGAAUAACUAUUUCUAUACAAAGCUUGACCUGAUUUUAUCGUGCGUGGCAGGCAUUCCUUCAUCUGGAUUGAGGCGGAUUCACGUUUUUCUGCCUUACCUGAUUUUAUUAGAAAUUGGAGAGUUCAAAAUCGGUUCUAAAUCCAAUCUGAGAUCAGAUGCUAACAUGCAGUUGUUACACGUCUACUUGCUAAUAGCAAUGGUGUUCAUUGCAAUUGUGACCUUUUUGAUGAAAUCAAUGGAAAUGCAGAGGAAAACUCAACCGAGCUUUAAAAGAAUCUUUCCAUCAAGAAACCCUUGGGAUGGCGUUCCUGAGUUUGUGCUAUACUUGAGAUUAACCUCUAAUCCGCGUUUUGAGCAAGAGUAUAAAAAUUAUUUGGUUCGCACUAUGAAGCUUUUCUUUCCACCCGAACGAGCAAAACUUUUAGUUGUAUUGGACAACGAAAAGAAAGAAGACCAUUUGUUUGGAGACAAAAUAAAAACGGAAUGGCCAUAUCCACAAAUAUGCUACAGAGAUCCAAGUUCCAUCGGUGCAUACCGCGGAUGGGGCAAGGCCAGAAUGUUUUGGGACAUGAUGUAUCCCGAUAAAUGUACCAAUGUAUCUUAUGUGGGGUAUGUCGAUACUGAUACAUUUUUUAGCACCUUAGUAACACCACAGUUGCUAUUUGACAAUGGAAAACCAAUUAUUAUUGCAAAAAUUGGCCAAGUUCCGUUCAAAUGUUGGGCUGAGACAACUGAAUUUUUUUUCGGCAAAAAAGAAGUUAUGCAGUGCAUGUCAACUUUUCCUGUUAUGAUAAAAACGGAGCAUAUGUUAAAAAUGAGAGAAGUCCUAGCAAGAAAUCAUAGCAUGGAUUUUGAUUCAGUGUUUAAAAACACUCCAGGCACAAUGUUUUGUCUUUGUCAGUUUAGUAUCAUGUGCAAUUAUGUUUGGUACUAUCAUAGAAAUGAGUACUCAUGGCGCUUGCAGAUGGUCCCAAAUGGUGACUGGAGAGGAGAAAAUUUGCUUGCCAGUCAAGUGUCGCCAGAUUAUUAUCGGACUAACGUACCCCCAGAGAUGACGAUACCAAUGCCGCGCUCAUCAAUUCACCUGAGGUACACAAUAACAAACGGUCAGUCCUAUGACUCAAAAGUCCCUCCAAAGGAAUAUAUCGAAGAUUUUAUUAAAGAAGGACUUUGUUACUCAGCUGGAUUUGAUGUCUGUCCGGAAAAUUGCGAAAAAUGGAACCAGACAAAGAUACAUUACAAUCUUUUUUCAUUUGAAUUCUAUCAAUGGUUUUGGGACAAAAGGUGCAAGGAAGAGCAAGACAAGCAUUACAGAAACGUCAAAGAGCUUGUUCGCUACUAUGCUUCUUCAAAGAUGGAAGUUUUCGGACUUUCGUCUCUAGAUCAACUAUGUACCUUAUUAUGAAAAUAUUUAUUAUUUACCAUUUGACGGCGAUAAAUUUUGCAUUUCUUCUUCUUAUUCGCUGUUGAGAUCUCUUAAGUUGGCUAUAGAUUUAUCAUAAAUGAAAUGUCAGUAUGUUGAAGGUAUUCACAAACAGCUUGCUACUGGGUUAUUCUCAGGGGCGGGCUGGCUCCAUAAUUAGGGCUCGGGCCAUUUCGUCGAUAAAAGGGCCCCGAAAAUCAAAAAUAAGUUUACGGGUAUCCCCAAAAUUGCUUGUUGCAUCACAUUUUAUUCUUUUUUAAAACGUUUUUUGUAAUAUUGCUUUUAAUUCUAAUUAGUAACCACCAGAGAUGUAGGCGUAUGUGUAAAAGAUUUACAAGAGGGAUCUACAUCAUUUUCACUGGAAAUUUAAUUCUAGCGUAGGAUAUAAGAUUAGAUAAAAUCAUGACAUUGCGGGGGAAAAAAUUAUUGUUUUCUAGCUGAAGGACUUUUAAAGGGGGGCCUCAGUGAUAGAAAACGGCAAAUGGUACUUAGAGGGGUCACCUUUCUCGAUCUGGUACUCAGGGUAAAACUUAAUGAAAUAUUUCAUUUAUUCAAGAAAUAUCUAAGUUGUUUGAGAAAAUCUUGAUAUGUAAUUUUCAAGUCAAAACAUAAUAGAGUGUCAUGUUUUUCCGAUCUUUGGUUGAGCAGCCAGCUUAAUGAAUUGUUUGCAUAGCAACCAAGAUGGUGAUAUCAGUAACAUAGGCAGGGCUGGCCCAGAAAUGCAUCUAGAAUAUUUGCCACAUUAAGUUUGUCGAAAGGACGAUCCUGGGCAAUACAUGUAAGCUUUUAUUUACAAUGAUGUCCCAUCCCCUUAUACUUUCCAAUUACCAAAAAGCCAAGAUCUUAUUCUCAACGUUUAGCGACAAGCCCAGCAUGUUGAAGACAGUAAAUAAAUGUUCUCAGUAAGAAACUUCCAAGAGUAACGAGUCAUUCCUUUUUAUGUUUGGAUGUCAUUUCAUGUCUACAUUUCUAUGAGCAUAAAACUUGUAAUGCAUCUA